AUGUGGUCCAAACAUAGUUUGAAUUUGACCAUGAGGAGGUACAACUGCCUGGUAGUGCUUGUACUGGCGCUCCCCUCUGUUCUCAGCGUGCUACCUACAGGUAUCAUAUCGCUGGACUUGCAUCCUCAAUCGUCACAUAGUCCUCAAGUAAUUGCUGAUCAGCUUUGCUCGCCCAGCUCUAUUGCUGGAUGGGGCGUGCCGCUGCCUGAACGUGACGACUCGCAAUGGAAAUCACUGGUUCAAUUGGCGGAAUCGAACAUUGAUGGUUGCGCAUCAUAUCGCAUUGAAGGUGAUGCUGUAAAAUCAGUAAUAGGUGCUGUGGCUCUUGUGGAUCGCGGUAAUUGCUCGUUUGUAAAAAAAGCGCUUGAAGCCCAAGCUGCUGGCGCCACGGGGUUGAUUGUGAGAGGCACUAAAAGAGCUGUAUACGAAGCUAUUGUCAGUCACAAUACUACGAACGUCAGUACACUGCUCGAUGUGAAGAGUACUGAAUUCACAGCUACCAGCUUGGCGGUGAUGGAAAAGCCAGCGUUCGAAUACGACUGCAGCAAAGGAGAAGCUUUUGUGGACAAACUUGCAACGCCUGUGUGGCUGACAGAUGCGAAGCAGUGUAACGGUGACCAAAGAUGCUCAUCUGGAUCGUGUGUGCUCACAGGUCACACGGUAAUGCUUGAGAGUGAAAUAAAAUAUCAGGUUUGCUGUAUGUGGGAUACAGUGGUGCUGAUGGGUGCUACGAAUAAAUCGAUGGUGAAAGAACUUGCGAUUCCUGUCGUGUAUGUGACGAUUUCGGAUGGACAGAAGCUACAAAAAGCUAUCGACAAGUUUUCGACAUCUUUAAUCGUACAAACAUAUAGACGGGAAUUGCCAUUGAUCGACGUGUCGACGUUGCUGAUUUGGGCGAUGGGCGUUGCAACUGCACUUGGAGCAGCGUUUUACUCAAACAGCUCGCUGCAAAGUCUUGAUACUUGUGAUACAGCUUGUGAUCAGUACAAGGUGCGUGAUGACCAGAACGCUCGGAAUGAGAGUAGAACGCGCGAUGACAUAUUUGAAUUGGAUGUGAGACAUGCGUUGGGCUUCAUGGCUUUAGCCGGGGUGUUUUUAACUAUACUCUACUACGUGAGAAUAGGUGGUGCAAUUCCGGUGCUUUUCGCGGCAUCUGGCGCGGCUGCGCUAACCCAGGUAGUAGGAGCGCCUGCUAUAGGUUGGCUAAUCCCAAGCUCAAAUUCUCGCGAGAUAAAUAUUGUCUUGCUUGGUGAGACUGCACGUUUGUCGGAAAUACUUGGUAUAAUACCCAGCACUGUAGUUGCCGUGGUGUGGUAUCUGCACCGACGCACGUAUUGGGUAUUACAAGACAUUAUGGGCAUUGCCCUAUGUUUCCUGUUCUUGCGAACCGUUCAGCUUCCAAAUCUUAAAGUUGCCACUUUGCUUCUCACACUAGCGUUCUGUUACGACGUCUUUUUUGUGUUUCUGUCGCCCAUAUUUUUUGGUUCAAGUGUCAUGGUAGACGUAGCAACUGGCGGACCUGCGGCGUACACGAAAAGUGAUUACCCGGGUAUUGACUACUGCGAGCGUUAUCCAAAAUACGCGACAUGUGUAGAUCCAGAGCCGAUGCCGAUGCUUCUUUUGCUUCCACGUGUACUCGAUUGGGUCGAUGGUGUCAGCAUGCUUGGCCUUGGCGACAUCAUAUUGCCCGGUCUGCUUCUUUCAUACACGCUACGUUACGAUUAUAAUCAGGGUAACACAACUUACUUUUGGAUUGUGGCCGUUGGGUACGCCGUCGGUCUUGGACUUGCAAAUUUGGCGGUGACGAUUACGAGUGUGGGUCAACCAGCACUUAUGUAUCUCGUGCCGACCACUUUGGGCUUGCUUAUUUUAGCAUCAAAACGAAACGAGGACUUUUACACCAUGUGGACUGGCACAGGAGUUGACGAGAUUAGAAGAAGCGACGGAAGAUCUGGAUAUAGUGAUGUUGAGUUGGAAGAUCCAUUGGUUGGGAUGCCGACAUGUGUUACAGCUGAAAGACGGGGAGGCGAUCUCGUACCCCUACUAAGCAGUUAG